AUGGAGAAACUAAACGAAGACAAUGGCAAUCUUCCAAAAAGACCAUUCCAGAAUUCAGACUUGUUGGAAGCGUUCGAAUCAAUUCGCAAAAAGAAUUCUGUCGCAUCUAUGAUCCGCCUGGGCGACUUCAACCCAGAGAUCUUCGUGAAGGAUGUCGGCAUGAUUGAUAAUCCUCUUUCAGAGACUCAGGCGAAGCAGCUUAUUGCCAAGUCGCGCCAAGCACCCUCCGAAGAAGACCAAGAGAUAGUUGAAAAUACACCGGGACCGAAAAUCUGGGAACUCCCUCUGGACCAAUUUGAAAUAAGAGCGCCGAUAUGGCAGUCUCACUUAAACAAGGUUCUGGGCUACAUUGCGAAGAAAUUAGACGUCGCUUCUCCUAUUUACACCGAGUUCUACAAGAUGCUUUUAUAUGAGCCGGGUGCAACGUCUAAGACUUCUAAUUACAACGAGAAUGUUCCUGGCAUGUUUGGAAGGCUGGUCAUUAGCCUACCCUCGCCUUACGAAGGCGGAGACGUGGUUGUAAAAUACUGUGGUGCUUCAAAAACAUUACCUACUUCACAGCAUCAUAUGGCUUGCGCCUUCUGGUACGUCUUAUACUACUGGAUCACUGAAUCAUAUGGUCUUAAUAACUUUCUCGUUAAGGUUUCCGAUGCCUCUUAUGAGGUCUUGUCCAUAGAGAGCGGAUAUCAUUGGGUCCUGGUUUAUAAUCUUACAACGGAUCCGACAGCUCCAAUACCAACAGCUGCGAGUCGUCUUGAGGACAAUAGGCUUCGUGUAGCUCUCGAGUCGUGGUCACGCGAAGUGAGUGAUGGCUCGAAGAAACCUUUGCCUCUUUGCUAUGCGUUGGACGACAGGUGUAACGGUCCAUACGGAAUUAAAUCAAUCCAAGAACUCAAAGACGCCGACCGCGAACGAGCUAGGCGGCUUCGGAACAUGUGUACCGAUUUAGACUUUGAUUUGUUCUUGUCGAUAUUAGAAAAACAAGAGACUCGUAUUGUCGAAGAUAAUCAAUAUGGGGGUUGGGGUUGGGACGAUAGGGAGAACGAGGGCUGGAAUACAUCCUAUAAAUUGAAAACGGUAACUGAUUUUGAAGGAAAUAUGUUGACCCCGAGUAUAGAGCUUGACGAGGAUAGCAUUUUGCAGGAGAAUCCUUUCCCAGUCGAUCCUUGCGACGUAGAGUACCUAGAAUACCCAGGUGUUGCUAAACGUAUAAGGGUACGCCGGUUUUAUACAUCAAAGGUCCUUGUUAUUGUUCCUUCAAGACAAACAGUGCCACUUCUCCUAUCAGGAGGGAUUAGACAACUCAAAAGCGAGUGCGAAGCAUCGUCAAGGAAAGCCACGAGGUUAGACCAGCUGUACGAAACUUUAUCCGUCAAUGCCAGCUUGUCCUUUUCGACGCAGGAACUUACUCCAGGUCAUCUUUCGAAAAUCUUUCAACUAUCCAUGGAAAGUAACGACUAUAGACUGUCCAAGUUAAUCAUGACGGAAUAUAAGCGACCACCUCCCACUGAAUUCUUUGCUUGGUUAGGAAGGCAAUACGAUAGAUCGGUUAUCUCCAUGGACGACUUUAGUAAAAUAUUUCAACUCGCCUUUGACCUUCAACCUACAAUCUAUAGGCGAUGGUCGGCUUUGUGCGAUGCCAACGUAGAUCUGGAAGAGGAUCAGUGGUGCCAUCUCCGAUCAUUUGUGUCGCGAACAGUUAGCGAAUGCUUAGAACUUUAUCGGAAGCAGGUACAACUCCAAGAAGAAGAUGGCAAGGCUCUUUUUGGACUUUCCUUUUACCAACUGGGGUUAGAAUACUUGAAGACGACUGUGACACCUAUUCUAGAAGCACACGGUGGUUUAACGGCCUUCCUUCUCGGCUUUCUCCAAUCAUUCGAUUUCAAAUACUCUCAGACCCCUAAAGAGGACAUGCAAGCUGUUUAUGAGCGUAUAGCACAUGCUGCACUGAUUAAUCUUGACUUAAAUGCGCUUACGUCCGCGGAAAUUCCCCUAGACGUAAGAGUAAAUGGCCGUAGAAGCCCAAGGAUCCCCCAAUACGUGACUUAUAAGUCCAUGUCGAGGUUCAUUUUAAGGCUAAUCGAGCUCAAACUCCCGAACCAUCUAGACUGUCUUGCGCAAGGGAUAGCUAACGAGAUAAUCAAAGUCCAGGGGUACGAAUUGGAUACGCUUUGGAUGCCCCUUCUCCAUGAGCUGUUGAUAGCUUUCGAGAAACGCAGGGCCAUUCUUCAGGCACCAUGCUGGACGCGGAUCUACCAGAGCGUUUUCAAGGCCUACGUAUUAAACUUCGUCCGGCAACAGCCGCAAACGCCCUGCGAUUGUAGAUACUGCUCUACCAGAUAUGGUUCGAGGGCGCAGUAUGAUGUGGAGAUGGACUGUUGGCACGCGCGGCGAAUCUAUGCGGAAUCCGUCUUCGAGACUUUCGAUCAGGAAAUGCUACAAACUGUGUUGGGGGAUCAAUACAGCGACAUCGUCAACUUGAAACUGCUCAAACCUCCGCAACCCACCGUGUGCGCGAGACAGCAACGUGUUAAUGCAUGUCUAUUAGAGUCGACGCCUGCCACCUCAUAUGGCCGCAGCCCAGGUCCGUCGUAUACACCACCAAAUCCAUAUUCGCCCCUGGAUUCGUCGCGUCUGUAUAUGGCGUCGAGUCCAUAUACCGCAUCACCGCCGCCGCCGCUAGGCAGACUUGCGCCGCGACCGACGCCGAAACGAUCCAUGCUGGAAGUAAGUCGCGUUAUUAGCGAGAGCGCAAACAAGCGGAGAUCACAGAGUAAAUUAUCGUCUCCGGCGCGGCACAGUUCCGCCGGCGCGUCGAGCCCGGCCGGGGGUAGUAACAGGACUACGUCGUCGAGACCUACGCAAAUGAUUCCCAACCCCAUCGCUGGAGAUAAGUGCAAGUUCAUUGAGGUUAUUGACCUCACAGAUGACUGA